AGAAGUCGCGGUUCGAGGAGCACACGGAUUGCACGGGGAAUACACCCUCCGAGGGCCUGGCCCACGUCAAUCCGAUGCCCCCGGCUGUAUUAUGAGCAAACAUUACGAAUGAUGUGGUUGUACACAGCUGCUGUGCAACCCAAAGAGUUAUUCCGGUGAGGUUUUAAACGGUUGGUGAACCAGGAUAAAGGAGACGCCGCUCCCCCAAAAGAAAGAAGCCGAUUAGAGAUAAAACGACGAAGAAAAAAUGAAAUUUCGCUUCCUUGGAGACGCUGAUUGCCCUGAUUGGCUGCUAGCCGAGAUAAAUACGCUUUCUCGAAUGACAUCCAUCAAGAUGAAAGUUCUCGGACAACUCGUAGCCAAGUCUUUGACGGAAGGAAAUCUCGACGAAGAUAAAGUGAAGAAACUCACACAGGACGCAAAGCUAGAGCCUGGAGAUGCAAAAGCUAUUGUUGCUGCCUUAAACUUGAUACUUUCGUCUUCCACGAGUCAUGCGGUAUCAGCGACCGACCUGAGUAGUGAACUUCAACAACUGGGCCUCCCUCGGGAGCAUAGCACUACCCUCGCACGUCUUUACACGGAACACAGCCCCCAAAUCACGGCGACGUUAUCUGCACAGUCCUUGAGACUCAAACGUCUUUCUUCAAUCGAGACAUUGGAGAACGAGAAAACAUCACCCUUCGUAAAAAUAGCAUUCCAAACUAGCGACACCGCUGGAAAAGAGGAAACCAACAACGUUACGGUACCUAAAGAAGGAAUCCCGGUAUUACUCGCAGAACUGAAGAGAGCACGCUCACUGAUGGAAGGGUUGUAAUUGAAUCCUUGAUAUUGAACGUAAAGCUAUAUUUGUGUAUAAGAUACAUAACAUUAUGGUGAUAAGAUACCUGCAUCAAAUUUUUUUCAUAGAAACAGAUGAAUGUA